UAUAGAAAUAAUUUAUAAAUUAUUGGAAACAUAAUAGUUUUUACAGAUGGGCACAUUAAAACAUUCACUUCAACGUCGUAAUCAUAAGGAACGUUCUCAGCCAGUUGAACGUGAAAAAUGGGGUCUUUUAGAAAAACCAAAAGAUUAUCGUUUAAGAGCCCGGGAUUAUCAGUCAAAACAACGUAGACUUAAGCGGCUUCGAGAAAAAGCAGCUGAAAAGAAUCCAGAUGAAUUUUACUUUGGGAUGAUGAAAGAAAAAACAAAAGAUGGAAUUGUUAUUGUUGAUAGAGGCAAUCCUGUAUUAACAGAAGAAACAGUACGAUUAUUAAAAACACAAGAUGCGGGAUAUAUCAAAAUGAUGUUACAUAUCGAAAAUAAGAAAGUUAAGAAACUCGAGCAAUAUAUCUAUACAGAUGAUAAAGAAGCUACUAAUUGCAGUGCAAAGCAUUAUUGUUUUGUUGAUGAAACAAAUUUAGAAAGUCAAGAAAAAACGUAUCAAAAGCAAAAAAAAAAGAAUUAUACAAGUCAGAUACAUGAAAAGCUUUCUGAAGAACCUUUUUCUCAUGAUGAUUCAAUUGAAACAUAUUCUAAUCUAGUAAAUGAGGAUCAAACCACUCAAACGUCUAAAGUUAUACUAUCAGCUAAUCCUAAGCUGAUACGUGAAUUAGCAUCACGAAGAAACCGAAUAGAGAAAUUAUCUAUGUUAGAAAGACAAAUUGAUCUUCAAAGGAAUCUACAAACUAAAGGUGAAAGGAAAAAAAUGGGUACAACGAGCGAUGGUAUUCCUAUAUAUAGAUGGAAACUUGAAAGAAAACGAUAAUAUUUAAGAAUUAAAAAAUUAACAAUUUAAUCUGCAAGCCAAUAUA